AUGCCGACUACCUGUUCAGCUCAUCGCUGUACAAAUAGAGCAAAAUCGGGGUCAAAUAUACAUUUUUUUAGAUUUCCUCUAAGUGAUGCCGAAAGAUUAAAAGGUUGGUUAAACGCUAUUGGUCGCAUAGGAUUUGUGCCAAAUGCUGGAAGUCGCUUAUGUAGUGAUCAUUUUGAACGAUCAGACUUUUAUGAUAAUCCAGGAGGAAGUUACAAAUUAACUUUGAAAAAUUAUGCUAUACCAUCAGUUCACUCCACAUUAUUGCCUACUAAACUCUUUUCAAACGAACCACAAAAAAAAAAUGUAAUACCUACAAUUUAA